AUGAAGACCUUGUGUUCCUUUCUCCAGGUCGGCAGAAAUAUGCAUCAAGGAAACCAAACCACCGUCUCUGAAUUCCUCCUCCGGGGACUCUCCAACUGGGCUGAGCAGCAGAAGCUCCUCUUGGUGCUUUUCCUGGGUAUGUACCUGGUCACCGUGGGUGGAAAUGGGCUCAUCAUUCUGGCCGUUGGCUUGGAUUCUUACCUUCACACCCCCAUGUACCUCUUCCUUGCCAAUCUAUCCUUUGCUGAUCUUUCCUCCAUUUCCACCUCAGUCCCCAACAUGCUGAUGAAUAUUCAGACCAAGAGCCAAUCCAUCUCCUAUGAGAGCUGCAUCACACAGAUGUAUUUUUCUAUUGUGUUUGUUGUCAUUGACAACUUCCUCUUGGGGGUCAUGGCCUAUGACCGUUUUGUGGCUAUCUGCCACCCCCUGAGCUACACAACCAUCAUGGAACCCAGGCUCUGCAUUUUGCUCACAGUCAUCCCGUGGGUCCUCAGUAAUGCUGUUGCCCUAACACACACUCUCCUGCUCCUUCCAUUGCUCUUCUGUGACAGCAAUGCUCUCCCACACUUCUUCUGUGACUUGGCCCCUCUGCUCAGGCUGUCCUGCUCAGACACAGUCGUCAAUGAGCUUGUGUUGCUUGUCGUGGGCUUAUCAGUCAUCACCUUCCCCUUCUCCCUCAUCCUCUUCUCCUACGUCCGCAUCGUCAGGGCUGUCCUGAGACUCGCAUGCACAGAGGGGAAGUGGAAAGCCUUCUCCACCUGUGGCUCUCACCUGGCAGUUGUCUUACUCUUCUAUGGGACCAUGGUGGGGGUUUACUUCUGUCCCUCGUUCACUCACCCUGACGACAGAGAUCAGAUUGGUGCAGUGCUGUUCACUGUGGUGGCACCCAUGAUGAACCCCUUCAUCUACAGCCUGAGGAACAAGGACAUGAAAGGUGCCCUGAGAAAACUCAUCUGUAGGAAAUAGGGUUCUCCCUUUGAU